AUGAAACAAAUCGAUGGAAAUAAUCGUCUUUGGCAAGUCGAUUUAAUGUUGACUGGUGACACUGAUGCAGAACUGUAUGUAGUUACUGGACAUAUGCGCGAAGUGAUCUAUUCUGGCGCCGAAGGAUGGGAUCGUUUGGGUACGUUACUAUUUCAGCUUGGAGAGUUUGACAAAGCUCAAGAGGUAUAUGAUAUCUUGCUUGAUCAAACAAGGACUGAUUAUAGAAAGUCACCAAUUUACAAAAUGCUGGGAAAGGUAAAGACGGGACAAGGUGAAUAUAAAGAUACUAUUGCGUAUUUUCAACAAUCUAUUGAAAUCCAGCAGAAGAUUCUCCAACCAACAGAUGUUGAUUUCGCUACUACUUACAGCAAUAUUGGUCCGAAAAAUAAUGAACGCUUCUUUAUGGAAGGUUUUAUUAAAGAUUUUUUGCAACCAAUAUUUGAAUUAAUAAUCAGUCGAAUGUUUGAAAAUAUGUCAAAUGCUCGUAUUGUUGAUACAGUUUUACCAAUCGCUCAAAAUCUUUUUUGUGCACAUGCAGCACCAGUAACAUUUCCAUAUCAUAUAUUAUUUGUAUAUGGAAAAAAAUUAGGAGAAAAAUCAAAUUUUCGUCAAUUGCUUAUUAUGGGAACUCUUGGAAAUAUUUAUCACAUACGUAAAAUGGAAUGGUGUUUUGCAAAUCAUUUUACAUCUUAUAUAGAAGUUUAUCUUUGUCUUGAUGGAGAAAAACGACAAUUACCAUCACCUGUAUUUAAUUGA